UAAUGGGUGGCCCUGACCACAAAUUUUUUAUUUUGUAUUUUUAUGUAGGGUAGGGGUUUUUUAAACUUUUGGAUUUGCUUCUCCUUUAAGACUACCCACUGUACAUGCCAUUGCCAGUACAGAGAAUUGUUCUAAUACUACUAACUAGAAAACAACUGCUGUAUGUAUAUGGCAGCUCCCAUAUUGCUAUCCAUCCGUCUGUCUCAUAGCAUCUGCCUUUAAGAUUCAACAACUAUCAGCGAUGCUUAGGCUGCCAGCAAUGGAUUCUGUUCUAUCGCAACCAUCAACCCUUCCAACCUGUCACCACGACUCUCAAACCGACCAAUCAGCCUCACGUCUUCUCUGAUUACCAUGGCGACAGACAAACAUUAGUAGCCCCGCCUCACCGAAGUGGGCCGUGGGAGUAGUAGUAUUUCCACCCUAGUGAACAAGUGCGCGCUGAUUCUCGGGACACUACAAUUCCCAGAAUCCAAUGCGCGGACCCUGGAAACGCUGGAAGCUUUUUUUCCAGUGCUAGUGCUGAAUAAGAAUCGAAUAAGAGAAAAUAACCGGCUGUAGUGACCCAAGGAGUGCGUUUACCCGACGGGCUACAAGAAUUUAGCAGCAUGAUUGAUUAUAGAAGAUGCACUGAACUAGUAGCCCAGCUUCUUAGUAAGUACGACCCAGAGGAGCAGAGCCUUGAGCACUUCCUGGAAGAGUCCUCAGAAGAAUUCCAGGACCUUAAUGAUGCAGAGGAGAGAUUGGUUAGCGAGGCUUUCUGUGGAAGUGUGCAGUACAAAGCUCUCCUGGAUACGGUCGUACGUGGUUUCUAUGCCAGAGACGGGAAACACUUUCUGCGGUCUGAGCAAUAUCUGUUUGUCGUGAUUGGUUACCUGGCCACAUUUCAGUUGGAAGAACUUGGUCUUCAAACUUUUGUUCGAAUUAUCAAAUCUCAGGAUGUCCCUAAAAUGUGCAAGUUUCUCAGGUUUUUCUUUAAUGUUGUGAAUUUGAACACGUGGAUAAAAGACGAAUGGAGCCAGAUUUAUGAUUCAAAUUAUGUCAAGGAAUACUGGAUCAAUCAUUUGCUAAAAUGGCAGCCUGAAAUUCAUAAUAUAACAGACGGUCUACAGAGUAAAGCAGCUAAAGGGCCAAGCCGAGCAAAAAGUUCAAAAGCAACAGAGACAAAAGAGUUUAAUUUAACUAAACCCAGGCCCAGGUCAUUGCCGGUACCUCAGCAGAUACCAACCCAGAAGCCACAUCAGCCUGUUCCCCAGAUUUUAUACAAGGCACCAAAGGAGCAAGAACUGUUAAAGGAACAGAAAAAAAGAAACCGCAGAAAAGCAGAGGAAAUACUGGUCGAAGUCAAUAUGGGGCAGUUUAAAUGUGCAACGGCAGAAAAGUCAGAGAAAACCAAGCAUAUUCUGUCUGAAAUCGUGAAAGAGGAACAGAGUAAACUGUCUUUCAAUGGAUAUAAAAGCUCUCAAGUGCCUGUGCCUAAGGCUGAAAAUGUACCAGUGAAACUAAACGCAGCAGCGAUAUUAAGAGAGGGCGCCCUCUAUCAGCGCCAGGCAGAAGAAGAAAUUCGCAGAAUAGAGAAGCUAGUUGAUGGGGCCCGGGACCCCACAGAGUUCCUAGAAUGGCAGAGGCAGAUGCGGGAAAAAGACAUAGAGCAGCAGCUGGCGGAGAUAGAAUGCAGGCGCCUGGAAGGAAAGCUAAGCCGCGAGGAGGCCGUCCUGGCUCGCCAGAAUCUUAUCCAAGAGAACAAAAAGAAAGCCGAUCUAAAGAAACAAGAGACUGAAAAACUGAUGCGCAUGUAUGCAGAAAAGCGUCUCCAGGAAGAGAAGGAGAUGAGGGACCUGGUAGAGCAGGUUUCAGAAGGACACAAGAAUACAAAGCAGGCACGGCUGAAACUCCAGAAAUAUAAACAACAGAUAGUUCAAGAAGUGACAGAAGAGAGCCGUGAGCUUCUCCGACAAGCUCUAGAGGAAGCGGAAGAAGAACUUAGAAAGAAAUUUGAGCUGAUACGUGAGAUACGAGCCAUGGAAUCUGUGCCUUUCAUAAGGCAUAAGUUUGUGGACUUAACAGAAACUGCUGGGCAUGGCUUGAACUGUGAAAUGUCCCUGGUGGAGCUGCGGGAGCGUUUAGCAAUUCUAAAGGAAGCAGAGAAAAAGGCAGAGGAAGAGAAACGUGACCAAAUCAUCACAGAAAAGCAAUCAAAACAGCAGCUCCUCUUGGACACCCUGGAACAAAUCUCCUUGCACAGAGCGGCUCUCGGAAAAGCAGCUGUUAUGAAGCUGGAAGAAAAAAAAGCCAAAUCCCAGGCCUCUAAAUCCUCUGCUUCCAAAGACGAGCGCGUGGCCGAGCUGCAGAGAAAACUGGAGGAGAAAGUGACAGAGCGCAAGAAACAGGCAGCCAUAAGGCAGAGCCACGAGCAGAACAGGAGCAGAUUGUGCAAGGCUUCCUUUGAGACAAACCACUGGAAAGAACUAGAAGAGAGUCGAGAACGCCAAGCACAGCUUCUCCAAAGAGGUGUGGUAUCCAAAGGAACUGCUGAUAGGAAAGCCUUAUAUGAGAUGGCAAGGACCACAGCAUCCACCACCUGGGUGCUGACAUCAUGAGGAUUACACCUUUGUGGGAAUUUUGGGGAAUAUUUUCAGUUUUUAUGCUGAAUAUAAUACAUGCAUGGCUGAACUUAAUGCAUAUAUAUGUUUGGAGACAAUAUAUCAUAUUAAUAUCA